AUUUCAUCCAUCGUGAGCGCAUCGAGCCCGUGAACAGAGCAACUUAAGAACAUAGUGUUUAGAAGCAGAGUGCUGCGUCACCGAGAUGGCAUUUAAAAUUAUGAUUUUUUCCGUUGCUCUUAUUGGGCUCGCGGUGGCAAAUCCUGCUGUGCAACCUGCCUUCUGGCAGGGAACUCCCAUGGAUGGGAUGGUCGAAGAGAUGCGAUCCAUGUGCAGCUCGGAUAAUGACUCUGGUGCCUGUCUGAAGUACAAAAUAAUGAACUUCCUGGAUACUGUGUUCAAAAAGGAUAACUUCCAGCUUUCCGAUGACGUAGAAGUGCAUGGAAACGGAUAUUCGGGAGCUGGAGCUCGCAGCAGCAGCGGAGUGUUGGAUAACGUUGAGCAGUACCUGAAGAGCCACGAUGUAACCUUCAAGCUGCCAGUUGCCGAUGCCAAAGUUACCGUUUCGCCACGCAACAUCGACAACGAAGAACUGAGCCUGACUGUCAGCUUCCCAAAAACAUCCGGACGUAGCGCGGUUGAAGCCCGCAAGUCCAAGCUGAAGAAGAUCGUCAUCCCAAUCAUGGUCUUCGUUCUCCUCAAGGCCAUGACUCUGAUCCCAAUGGCUCUCGGUAUCUUGGGACUGAAGGCCUGGAACUCUCUGCAGCUGUCGUUCUUCUCGUUCAUCGUCUCCGUCGGUUUGGCCAUCUUCCAACUGUGCAAGAAGCUCGCCGUUGACAACCACCACCCACACAUCGCCGCCCACGGGCCAUGGGAUGCCGGCCGAUCGUUGGCCGAUGCUCCAGUCGAAUACGUCGCUCAGGAUCUGGCCUACAAUGCCUACGCCUGAAAAGUGGCAGCACAGACUCACAGGAGAAUCGAAACCAAUAAGACUCAAUAGUAACGCUCGGUACCCGAGCAGUGCUAGUAGUGACACCAAAAGUUUAGUGCGUGUAGUAUCGAGCUAAUUUAUUUAUUUAUUUCCUCUUCACCCGAAAUGAAGGAUGCUUUGUUGUAACGAAUUUAUUGAAGUGCAAUAAAAAUACGAACGAAUGUACCGUGAUUUUUACAGGUUGAA